AUGUCUCAAAGUCUCAACAAUGAGUGCACACCGCUCAAGCGCGAGUACGACGCUUGCUUCAACGCCUGGUUCGAGGGCUAUCUGGAGCCAGCACUCUCUUCAGCUGCGAAUGCGGAGCAGCGGACCAAAUUCGCACAGCAGAAGGCCGCUGAGUUCGAGAGCUCAUGUGGGAAAGUCUGGCUGGAGUACCGCAAGUGCGUGCAGAAAGCGGUGACGGACAAAGGCUUGGAUGCGCUGCUCGAUCAGGCACGGUCAGAAAACCCUUUGAAGGAACCUCCACCU